AUGAAGGAGGUUCAGAUGUCCAAAGCUGUUAUAGACGCAAAAGGAAGUCGUGGGCGUGACAUAACUGGCAGGCAAAAUAAAGUCAUGGGUGUGUCAUUGAGGAUUCAUGCUCUGGUUCCGUUGGCGUCCCUGCUUUGCUGCUCUUCCCUGGCCCUGGUGACCAUCAAUGCUGUUUCUUCUUCUCCUGCUUCCUCAACAUCAUCAUCAUCAUCAUACUCUUCUUCUUCAGAAAGCCCCAGCAUUUCUUUCAAAAAUCCGCUGGACCAGGAUGGUUUCACAAGGGCCCUCAAGUCCAUCAAAUCAAACAGAGCAGUUGAACCGAAAAAGCUGCCCCGUCAGCCACACGUCUUGUCUGUUACUGAAGGGAAAAGCAUGUCGUCGAAAAAGUGGAGUUUUCCGUGGCCUGGUGAGCAGAGAAAAUCCCUCGCACCUUCGUCAAAAACAGGAAUUCGGGCAGGUGAAGAAUAUCUCUUGAUGAAAUCCGGGAUCGGAGAAGCAUACGGAAAAACGGACGACAGCCUGGAAUAUUGUCUAGCAUUAGCAGCUCCAAGCAUCCCUAAGUGA